AGUGAAUUGUGAUUCUACUAUCCUUAGCUGUACUAUCACUACCAAUUGUUUUGAAUUUUGAUCAUUAUCAUAUUUUACUUACCAUUAACCAACUUACAUAACUAUGAUUAUACUUUAGUUAGUAAAUUCAAAUAAAAUAAUAUAAUCUAUAUGUAAUUGUUCAUUAAAUGUUUUUUUUUUAUUUAUAAUUUUUUACUAAUUUAUUAAUUAUUGUUGUUUAAUAAACUGCUGUGCAAUAUACAAUGUCUACACCAGAAGAAAAUAAAAACUUUUUGGAGGAAGAUAUAAUAAAUACAGAAGAAAAAUCUGAUACAAUUGAAAAUGAUUUGCCGUUAGAAAAACUAUUAAAAUUAUCGAAAUCUUUCAAGACUGGCGUUGAUGCAAAUUUGAAUAAAUUUAAGGAUGAAAAAAUGUCCAUGAUUAAUGAAAUGUCUAAUAUGAAUUGUCUAAUAAUACCAAAUGAAAAACAUAUCGAAAUAAAUGGUUUUUCUAAGAAGCGAUCACUGAAUAAACACAAUAAGGAGGAUUCCGAAAAGUUGUUAUUGAAAGAAGACUGUAAAACGCUUAGAGUUUUAGAACAAGAAUUGAAAAAUGUAUUAGAUUCCUUUGAUAUCCAACGCAAUAAAAACGAAAUCAAACAAGAUUUACAGGAAAAAGAAAACGACUGCACACCAUCUAUACAAAAUAAAAACAGUGAACCACAUCAUAUUAUAAACUUUGAUGAAAAAGCGAAUUACCUUAAGAGGAUCCUAGAAGUAGAAAACAAAUGCCAAUAUUGGAUAGACAAAUAUGAUGAAUUAUAUGACAAAUAUUUGCUACUAGAAUCCAAACAUUUUCACGUCGAAAAAGAAAAUUGUAAUUAUCAGAUGGAAAUUUCAAGAAUUAAAAUGAUUGAAAACGAAAAUUCGCGUCUUAACCAAGCAAUAGACAAAUCAAAUCGUGUUCGUAAAGAAUUAGAAGCCGCACUAGAAUCAUGCCAUGAAAAUGUUUAUAAAUAUCAAACAGACGUAGAAGUUGCCAGGUGUAAAGUUAAAGAAGCAGUUGAAAUAGUAGAAAAAACCCAUUCAGAAAAAGAUAAACUUUUAACGGAUUUAAAAAAAUCAAAUGAAAAUAUUGCCAAAUUAGAAAAUGAGCUUGCAAAUUUAAUACAACAAGCGGGAACAAAAGUUAAUUUGGAAGUGGAUAAGGUGAAAACCAUGUACAAAGCCAAAUUACGUGAGGCUAAUGUUGAAAUUGAGUUUCUACGUACGGAAAAACAAAUAAUGUUUAAUAAAAAUCAACAGAUAUCAAAAGAGUAUGAAAUUAUAAAUAAGAAAUAUAAAUCUAUUACAGAGAAGUGUGAAAAAGAAUCAGAUAUAUACUCUAAGAAAGUGACAAAACUUACCCAACAAAUCAAAGAACAUGAAGUCACAUUCAACAAUUUAAUAGCAGAUGUUGAAGUUCUAAAAGAAACAAACAGGCAACUACAAGAGAGUUAUGCGAGAAAAAAAACUAAAUAUGUAAUGGAAAUAGUAUUUUUAAAAGAUACAAAAAAAUCACUAGAAAAUAAUUUAAACAAAGCAAUAAAUGAAAUAUCUGAAAACAAUAGAAUUAUUUUGAGCGCAACAGAUAGAAUAAAAACAUUGGAAUUGGAAAUUAGUAAAUUGAAACGACCAGAAGAGAAUUUUGAACAAAAAGAAAUGCAAAUUAACGAGCUUAAAAAACAUGUUGAAGCACAAAAUCAAAUGAUAGAGAUGUGGAGAAAAGAAAUGCACCAUAUGAUUGAAAGAUUUAAACACAAAAUCAAUGAACUAAAACAUCACUGCAGUAAACUUUAUAAGAAAAAUGGAAAAUUAAGACGAAUAAUAAAUAAUUCAAAACCUAAUUAUUCGUUUAUUAAAAAAAAACGAAUACGCAAUAGAAGAAGGAAUAAAAAGUAGUUCAAAUAUUUCAUCAAUGUCAACGUCAACGUAGUUCUCUGUGAUAGAUAAUAAUCGAAUAAAUUAUUAAUAGAUUAAAUAUUAAAUUGUUUAUUAUUUGGGUUUUGAAUAAUAAUUUGCUUUCACAAAUGGCAUUUUUGUGAUC